AAUAUUCGGCAGCAAAUUGAAAACGACCUGAAAGGCGGAGUUUCCUCUAACACCUCAGGACCUUCCGCUGGAGAAAUUGCCAGGCUUAACGCUGAAAAGAAACUUUUUGGAGUUCAGUCUGAACGAAUACGAGCUGAGAUGCAGAGAUACGCAGCUACUAAAGAUCCUCGUUUAAGGGCGGAGAUGAAACAUAAGCUUAACCCUGUCAUGGAUAAUCAGCUUUCCAGAACAAGACGGAUGCGGGGACAUAGGCGGAACUUGUCGGAUGGUAGAAUUACAACCUCGCUUACAGAUUCAAUGGGAGACGAUACUGGUUUCAGCAGUUUGCCGAAUAGACCUUUUUCUUCAUUAUCUGGGGGACAUCUGGAUUCUUAUGAUUAUGGAACAGAUAACUCACAAUCCUACUUGUUUGAGGGAUUGAGAGAAUCAUCAGUACCAGGGUACGGACUAACAGAGGAGGAAAAAUUCAGGGCUUACAAUAAUCCAAGGAUGAUGCAGCGAAGGUCUAGUUUGGGAGGAGGAGGAAUGGAUAGUGCUUUAUACGAUUAUGGAAACAACCCUGUAAUUAACACCAUGAAUAGACGGCCUCACUCUUCUAUGAGUGGUAAGCUAGGCCAGGGUUCCCUGGGACCUGGAGCAAGAUCUUGGCAUCCGUCACCUCUUCACAGUGACGAGGAAACAGAAGAGCAUCAAUUCUUUAAGGAGGAGAAAAAAAACAGAAUUAAAAUGGAAAUUUCCCGACGCCGAAACCAGAUAGAGGAAAAUGCGCGAUUGCACGAGGAGCUCAUACGUUUAGCUAAAUUACGAGAGACCGCUGAAAUGGGAGGAGGAGAGAUCAACAGACUUCAUGUAACCGGUUACAACAACAGCCCUAACAUCAGCCCUGGUCGUGAUGGUACUGGGGUUCUAAGGUCAGUGGAUGAAAUUCUAAGAAAUGACCAUCAAAACUUUUCCAGCUUUGGUUCGAGUAGUGCUAGGAUACAGUCAGGGCGAAGGGAUCUUGGUCGGCAUGGAUAUGAAGACGACCUCCUGGUUUCAGGACCUGGGAUGGGUAUGGAUAGAUACAAUGUCCCGGUAUAUGACAGCACAAGAAAACCUCAGAGACUGACCGACUUCUCACCGGUCAACUCCGACCUUGCAGAUUUCAAUCACCACUACUCCGAUUCUGGCAGGUCAAGAAAAUUUGAUGAGUAUGGGAACUUCAACUCAAGCUCCAGUAACUACAACGCCGGAAUGGGUAACUUUAACACGGGAUCAAAUAACUUUAAUCCAGGAAUGAGUUUUAAUUCAAAUGGUCGUUACGGGCGGCAUAAUCUUUAUAGAUAACAGAACGGUUGAAUGGAUUUUAGUUUCUUAAUAUAAACCCAUGCAUAUCCAUCAGUGAUGAAUAAAUAAGUUUAGCUAAAUCUAAUCAUUGUUAUUUUCUUGUGAUCUAAUAUUGUUAAUUUGUUAAAAGUCUAAACAUUGCACAAUCAGACUGUUAAAGUUUAGAGUUUAGAUAUCUUUUAUUAACUAUCGUCAAAUUCUCAAAAGAUUAUUUUAAAGAAGAAGGACAGCUAACUCUAAUAUUUUAACAGAAAGCAGUUCGUUUAAACUUAUUUUGUGAUAUUAUUAUCUCUCAAAUCAUAUUGCUCCUAUAUCUCAAUUUCAAUAUUAAUUUUUGAAUCUCAGAAUUAAUACAACUAGUCUGACUUUUCUUCUCAGAAUUAAUACAACUAGUCUGACUUUUCUUCUCAGAAUUAAUACAACUAGUCUGACUUUUCUUCUCAGAAUUAAUACAACUAGUCUGACUUUUCUUCUCAGAAUUAAUACAACUAGUCUGACUUUUCUUCUCAGAAUUAAUACAACUAGUCUGACUUUUCUUCUCAGAAUUUCUGAAACCAAUCUUGUGAUAAACUGUUUUCAGACCAACUCUAGAUACUGUGGCCAGUAUGUUUAAAUUUUACCCUCCUUUCAAAUUUUAUCUUUGGGUAUGGUUAUUGGCUUUUGGUAAAUCUGGCUUUGUUUUGAAAAUAAAGUGUUUCAUAAAAUCAAAUUACAAGCAACAUUUUUAACUAAAUUGUUAUCUUUUUGAUCACAAUGCACGAGUUUAACCCAGUUCCUUUUUUCAUUCAUUAGACAAGGGUAAAUAGAAAGUAUGUAUCAACUGUUAACCCUUUCCCAUUGUAGUCAGUGAAAUUACGUAAUUUUGUUACAAAGACUAAUGUUUUACGACAAGAAAAUCCGAAAUUGUAAAACCCCCAUUGCUACAGCAUUGUUUGCGUUGUGCCUUACUCAUUCUAUAGGUUUGAUUUAUUUUAAUCAUGUCAAUCUAGAUUUUUAUCAAAUUAUUGCAAAGAGUGCAUUUAAGAUUGUAAAUUAGUCUUAACAGUAGUUACUUUUUUAUCAAAUACCUUUUGUUGUGAGAGUAAUUUUUUAGUUAGAGGAACUGCGUACUUUGUUUGAUGCGUGUCAUUGAAAUAUAAAGUGAACAACUAGGUAAAUUUGGCGUAAUACCAUUCUUUAUUUAUGUUCAAAUUUUAAAAAAGGGUUCAAGAUCUUGCAAUAUGCAUUUUUCCAAUUUCCAGGGGCGGAUACAGGAUUUAAGUGAGGGGGGGGGGGGCAAGAUAUUUUAGGAACAAAAAAAUUCACAAUUAGGAACA